AUGAUUCAUUCUGUCUCACCCAAUACAUUUUACACUAGUGAAAACCAAACUAAAAAACAAACUCUUAUUAAACGGGAAAGCACCAACCGAGAACAUUUGAGUAAUGCCGCAAUAAUUGGACUUGCCAAUUGUUAUGGUAUAGAAUUAGAAAUCAAAUGCUCUACAGUGAAAAGUGAUAACCAAGUUACUUAUGAUAAUUUGAUUAUUGAAAGUUCUAGUUUAUUUACUAGAACUCUUUCCUCCUCGGUUGGUGCAACCCGUAACGAUAAGAAAACUGCCAUUGCUUUAAUUUUUAAUACACUUUCUUCAUAUAUCAUUCAAACAAAUAAUCUUUCAUAUCAAUUAACUAAGUCUCGUUCUACAAAAAAGACUCAAAAAUUGAUUAAAUUUAAAUGGAUUGAUCCUUUCAAUGAAUAUGGGUUCUAUGCUUUUGGAGCUGCAGUCAUUGAAAUUGUUCAUUCUCUUCCUAAAAUUUUUAUUAACAAAAAGCAACAAUGCGUUCAUCUUGCACCUGUUAAUAACCAGAUUCUCGCAUUGUUCCAAUCAUUCACUCUUGAUCAAACAAAGUUGAGUGACAAUGGAAAAUUAUUGUUUCCUCAAAACCCUGUUAAUUCAGUUCCUAAUUAUGUUACUCAAAUUUCUCAGUUUGGUCAUACUGUGAACGGUGUGUUUAAUUCGUCUGACCAUUUAACCAACAUUCAAAAUAGUUCUUCUUUACCUCAAGAUACUACUUGUGAUAAAGUUGAUCCUGUUAAUUUUAUUGAAAUAUUAAAUUGUAGUUAA